AAUUUUAUGACUCAUUUUUUUAACUUCAUCUGUGACUAAAAUGACCAUCUGAAGCUUUAUACUUGGUGCAGAAGCAGAGUGAAAGUUUGUAGUGAAAGAGAAAGCAUGUCAAGUGGAACGACAUACUGGUGUUAUACAUGCAGGCAGCCAAUCUGGCUUGAAAGGAGAGAUGCAAUUUGCCCUUACUGCGAUGGAGGCUUUGUGCAAGAACUAUACGAGCUGCUGCGAGCAGUUUCAAGGCAACAAGGGUUUUCAUCACAAAGGGAAGAUUUUCAUCAAGUCCCUGACAUUAUGGAUGCUGUAAAUCAUGUUAUGGAGCAAAGAGGUUCCGAGCCAAGAGUUGGAGUUAGAGAUGGUGUUGACAAUUUCAUGAGGCAGAGAAUGGCUGGAAGCUACACAAACUUUGAUGUCAGAAGGAGGUUUGGUAGCACCCCUCUUCCUGAUCAGACUUGGGGGAUCUAUACAUCUGGUCCUUAUCUUAUAUUUCAUGGUCAACCUCCAGGGUUCACUAUCUCUAACAACAGUGGCUCAAGAAGUGGUUCUGGGCAUGUUGAUUUUGGUCACUACUUUCUUGGUCCUAGACUUGAAGGACUCAUUGAGCAGCACAUAACAAAUGACCGGCUUGGUCCACCUCCUGCAUCACGCUCUUCUAUUGAUGCAAUGCCAACAAUUAAGAUCACAAAUGAACACCUCCAAUCUGAUUCUCACUGUGCAGUUUGUAAGGAAAGGUUUGAACUGAGUUCUGAGGCCAGGAAAAUGCCAUGUAGCCACAUUUACCACUCAGAUUGCAUUGUUCCAUGGUUGGUCCAGCACAAUUCCUGUCCAGUUUGCCGUGUUGAGCUGCCAUCUCAAGGACACUCCAGUUCCCGAAGUAGUCGUAGUAGGGGAGGAAGGAGUGGUAGUGACAGUAGUAGUGGCAGUGACAAUAUCUCAAGGAGAAGAGGAAAUAGAGAGAUGACCAGUGGAAGGAGGAAUCUGCUAUCAUAUUUGUGGCCAUUUCGAACUUCUAGUUCAAAUACUUGAUAAUUGUACUGAGACUGGGGAACCUACUCUUCUACAAGUCUUUGGCCUGUGCCAGAAGUGAACUAAAAGUUUCAUUUCUUCUUCAGCACAACACAAGUGUAAUUAGCUGUCACACAAUGAUUAUGUUUGUGAAGAUUGUGCUUUGAACUUGAUCUCAUUGAUGCUAGAUCGUCGAAAUAUGUGAAACUCUUUGUAUAUUCUUGGAAGCAAUUUUCGUUUUAUAGUUUCAGUUG